AUGUCCCGCCAAGGUAUCGUAGCGUGGACAUCGCGUGGCAGAUCUCGCGUGGAACACUCGAUAAUAGAUUGUGGACAGAUCUCGAAGCCCUCACAAUGGACCUGCAGUAAGCGUGGAGAAGGAAGCACGAGCUGCAUGCUGACAAGGCUUGGAAUGUCACACAGGCUAGUAAUGUCGUCUCGGCUGGAAACAUCGGCCACGAGUGUAGCUGAGGACUGUCGCCCCUCUCCUUUGCAGAAAUUCUUCAGUGUGGAACCGAUCAACAACUCGGAAUACAUAGCCUGCAUUCCACAAGCCAAAGUCGUCAUUCGUUUGUCUGGUGGAUCAUGCGGCACAAGAAACGGUCGGAAAAUUCGAUCCGAAGCGUUUCAUAGACUUAUACUGGCGCCUUAUCAUCGAAUAUUAAUGGUUGGCAAAUGGCCGCCGUUGGUAUUCUAA